CCCUCCAGCGCGGCGCGGAGCCGGGCACCGGCGAAGGUCACCGCAGCGGGCUGCGGGGAGCAACUUUGCGGCGGGAGGUUAUGAAGGAAGAAUGGAGUUUCCAGACCAUAGCCGCCAGUUGCUGCAGUGUCUGAGUCAGCAGCGUCACCAGGGCUUCCUGUGUGACUGUACUGUUUUAGUUGGAGAAGCUCAAUUCAGAGCUCACAGAGCCGUUCUUGCCUCUUGCAGUAUGUACUUCCAUCUUUUCUACAGGGACCAGUUAGACAAAAGGGAUAUUGUGCAUCUGAACAGUGACAUUGUCACAGCCCCUGCCUUCAGCCUGCUGCUCGAAUUCAUGUACGAGGGAAAGCUGGAAUUCAACAGUCUCCCAGUGGAAGAUGUGCUGGCUGCGGCGAGCUACCUUCACAUGUAUGACAUUGUGAAAGUCUGCAAGGGCAAGUUGAAAGAUAAAGAAUUAUGUUCGGAAGAGAAGAUUAAUGAUGAGGCGGCUAGCUUGGAGAAAGCGGAGCAUUUUCUCGACGCCGGAGUGCCCCUGGUCCACGAGUUUGACCCAGGAAACAAACAAAAAUUCAGCGUUGCAGAAUACGAGAGAGCAGCAGGCAAAGAAAAGGUCAGCAGUCACCCCGCCUGGUCCUCUGAUCAUAUAAGUGUCAGCUCUGUGCCGACAGAGGCAGAACCGUGCGCCGCAGCAGCUGGAAAAACAAAGGCUAAUGUCAAUAGUUCCACAGGACCUUUGUCCCAAAGGUCUGUUAACCAUCCCCUGGCUUCGAGUGAUGUGGACUGCGCGCUGGAUUUGUCUUUCAAGCCCGUGCCGGGGAGAGAUUCCUUACACCCCUCCUAUGUCUUUGGACAGCUGGCUUCCGACAGCCAGCAGCAGGGUACCGAGCCACUUGUUAAAGAUGAACAAGACUUGCUGUCAGAUCAGGAGGACAGCGAAGCCAGGAGUCCAGAGAGUCAGCAUUUUGGGAAUUCAGCCAAAAGCCUAGUGACAGGGUUAGGACACAUGUUCGCGGGGAAUGGCAGCUCUCAUGCCCGAGAGGAGGAUAUAGAUCAAGAGCGAGACGAGAGCGAGGACGACAUGGAUUCGUCGGACAUCUCCUCGGGCGUCCUCGUGCCUCCCGGGCAUAUCUGCAUUUGUCCCCUCUGUAGCAAGGUGUUCCCGAGCCCGCACAUCCUUCAGCUGCACCUGAGCUCCCACUUCCGUGACAAGGACGGCUCCCGCACCCGCCUGUCCCCCGACGGGUCGGUCCCCACUUGCACCCUCUGCGGAAAGACUUUUUCCUGCAUGUACACGCUAAAGAGGCACGAGAGGACUCACUCGGGGGAGAAGCCCUACACCUGCGGCCAGUGCGGGAAGAGCUUCCAGUAUUCCCACAACCUCAGCCGCCACGCGGUCGUGCACACCAGGGAGAAACCCCACGGGUGCAAGUGGUGCGAGAGACGCUUCACGCAGUCCGGGGAUUUGUACAGACACAUCCGCAAAUUUCAUUGUGGCCUUGUAAAGUCCUUGGUUGUUUGAGAUCUGUCACUUGUGUUUCGUUUUGUUUGGGGUUGUUUUUUUUUGGUUUUUUUUUGUGUGUUUUAGUUUGUUGGUUUUUUUUUUUAAUAUCUACACCCCCACCCUCCCCAACCGUUUUAAAACCAAGCAGGAAAAAAAAAAAAAAAGGCAGCAUCUGAAUUUUAAUUUUGUUUUUCUCCUCCCUUGCUUUUAUUUUGUUUUGGUGAUGUUCACUUCAGGUAUAUGAUCUUUAAAAGAUGCAGCGGUAUACACUCCAGAGGCCUUUUGAUGCAAUCCUUCCACCUCUCCCACGUCCCCCCUUCCCGUGCCACCCUCCCUUCCUAGCACAGUCCUUUAGGUCUUCUCUUGUGCACCCAUGUUACAUUAUUAAUGUGAAAUGAUCUUAAGUAAUUCUGCAAUGAUUUAGCAUCACUUUUCACACUGGAAGUACUUGCUUUGUGGUCAGGGUUUUUGUUAGUUUUAUUUUUCUUUUUUUUAAUUUUUUUUAUCCCUUUUUUUUUUUUUUUAAUGAUUAUCAGCAAAUUCUGGAGAAAAAUUUGGUUCCCAUUAAGCUCCCCAAAUGCCCUCUGUGUGUUGCAGAGAAACCUCUGAAGAGAUGAACUAUGAUUUAAAUACAUUUUGGUGUAGAGAAACCUGUCCACACGUUGCAGAAUGGGCAGAUAUACUUUCAUUUUAUAGAGCUAGAGGAGACAUUGAAUUGGCCCAAAUUUUAAAGGGGUUGAGGAUUCCUGGCUGCGUCUUUGGUACUGGUCAUUUUUUAUUCUCUUUAUUUCAUUAAUAUCGUUCAGUUGAUCCUAAAAUCUAAAGGAGAAGUUUUUGCCUUGGGACUUGACUUAAAUUUUCCCUUCCCACCCCUCCUCCUCACUGGGCUGACCUGCUGAAAAGCAUAAAAUGUGGAUGGAAGAACACUUUCUGUCUGCAGCAAAUUCACUCCCGAAAUGUUGAAGGAUGCACGCUAGGACAUACAGAAAAACUGUGUAAUAUUUUCAUUCCCAUAUCGGCAUCCAGAGGCUGAUCCCAUCCCCCGUGGAGGGGACAGCAGCUAUAAAGUGGCCAAAUACCCCUCCUGAUGCCAAGUUUCUGGGGUUCUGUAGUUCAAGGUAACUCAUGCCUUGUGCAUUAGGAGAUGUCCUGCUGUCUUGCCUGAAAGAUUUGCUGCCAUGCUAAAAACGGCAGCAUGAAAUGAUAUUUUAUUUUAUUUUUAUGAAGUUGGCGAUUCCCUCUGAGCCAAAUUUGCGUGCAAUUGCUGGUGUUCCCAAGAGGCAGCAUGAAGAUGAACCGCUGAAGGGAAAGCAUGGCCUAACUUUUGCCCCACGUCCCACCUUUUCAGGGGAAGUUUUUGGGGGUAAUUUAUUUAUUUCUUUUUUUUUUUUUUUUUUUUUUUUACGUUUGUUUGUAAACUGAGGCUGCCUGUAACUAUAGCCAGCUUUACUCCAGAUGAUUCACUUUCUUGCCUGUUAGGUCAUCAUUUGGGCCGUGCAUGUCGGUGGAUAUCACUUUGUUCCCUUCCACUCAAAUUACCCAUUCAAGGUACACAUACAUGGGACUGAAAUACAAUAAUAAUAUCUGAGGGGUGGGAAUGUCCUUCUGCUGCAUUAGCAUUGCUUCACCAGCUUUCUUGACACUCCUGGAGUUGUUUGGUGAAAUUUAAGCGUGUGUUUUAAAAUUCAUUUGAAGCACUGAGUUAGAUUGUUUUUAAAAGUUGUGCUUAAAAUACUGUAUUGCAUCUUAUGAAGAAAAAGCUUCCCAAUGCCUUUCCCCCCUCUGGUCCAAAAACUGAGCACUACCUACAUAAAUAAUAUGGGAUUGGCUUUUUUUUUUUUUUUUUAAUAAGUACUUCCUCUUUAAAGAAAAUCAGGAUAUAUGUGUUACAGCCUCUUAUUAUUCAUCUCUUAAACUAUGAAUGUACAUGUAAUGUGAAAUUUUGCUUUUAUUUAUAGUUUUGGGGUUUGUUUUCAGUUUAAUUUCUCAACUGUAAAAUAUUUUUGCUGAACCUGUUACAUAUGAAAGUUGUGGGAGAGUACUGUAUCUUGAACAUAAGUGGCUUUGGUACUGUGGUCUUAUACUACUUAAUCAGUUUUUUCUUUCUUUUUUUUUAAUUUUUAUUUUUGCUGUGAUUGGAAAUAGCACUGAACAAAAUCUAGUAAAAUUAAGUUAUUUUUCUUUCUACUAAAAUUAAGUUAUUUUUUUCUCCUGAAGAUACUUGAUAUAGUAUUUAUUAGACUUUUUUUUGGUUUUGUUUUUGAAGUGGAAUUAUUACUGUUAAUCUAUUUCAAAACUAGUUAAUUUACACUUUAAAUUUUAUAACAAUGGGUUUUGCAUGUUGAGCAACAUGUAAAGAGUUUAAUGUAGAGUCAGCAUUACUGAAGCUGGUAAUCUUAAUUUUGCAUUCUUGUGACACUUUUGUUUGCAUUUCAGUCUUCAAUUACUGUUUGUUUUUAUUUUUUUUUUUUUUUUAGAAGAUCAGAAAAUAGGAUGUGCCAUAAGAACAUCAUUAGCGUAUGGAGCAGGGAAAAGUUGAAACAAGUUUUUGUCUGAUCUUAGUAUAGAAAUAAUUCAUUAAACUGAUGCUAUGAGCAUGCUCUGUGCUGCAGUGAAUAUGGGGCAAAAGUUGUUUUUGUUUUGUUUUUUUUAAAUAAGGAAAAAAAGAAGACUUUUUCAUCCUUGACUACAUCACGAACACACUGUUCUCACAGUCUGAUAUUUGUGUUCCCACUCAUAGCUUGAAUUUCUAAAGUAAAGAAAUGUUUGCACUUAUUUUUGUUCUUAAGGUGACUUUUUCUUUUUGGCUGUUUCUCUGUGUGUCUCUUAUUUUUAAGUUGCAAUAGCUCGGAGCAUGUUUUCAAAAUGGUUCAUGGCUCUACAGAGAAGUACUGGAACAUGGCACACUUAACGCUUGUCUCUUCAUAAACUAUUUCUCUGUGGGGCAGUUGCUGUCUCCAUAGGGAACAGUCCUGCUCUGCAUUUUAAACACUGGAUUUGUCUUCUACUACAAACAAAUACUGUGAAGUUAAUGUAAAAAAAAAAAAAAAAAUCAUUGAUAUUUUUAAUUGUUUUUAAUCUUGGUGCAGUUCAGAUUAAAUAUGUAUAUUUAAAGACACUAAUUUUUGUGGGAGAGUUUUAUAGUAUACAGUAUGUAGAAAAGCUAUUGGAAUGGAAUAUAUUUUAUAAAAAUGUUCUAUCACUGUUUUAUAGUGAACUAUUUUUUCCUUCAGUGUUAGUGUAAUACUGUUAGUCUAGAUACGACAAUCGCAGGAAGAGUGAUUCAGGCUACUGUUAGCGCUUAGUUUUGCGUGGAGUUCUGUUUGCAACUGUAUCGGUAUGUGCUGUACAAUUGUGACAAUCGUGACUAGGAUUGUUGUCUUUAUAAAAAUCUACAUGAAAUAAAACGUGCUAGAAUUGUAA